GCCAAGCAUCCCAGCCUUUGAACUUGGCCGAUUUUGGCUUCUUCUUCUCUCUUCCUGCUCGCACUUCCAAGCAGCCAGGUGCUCCAGUAGAGAGAGAGAGGAGCGUGCGUGUGAGCGUGUGUGCAGAAAAGGAAGGAGAGACUUUCUUGCCUUCACCUUUUUGUGGAUUUUUCUCCGCCAACACGCUUCUUCCUGGACUUUACGUCUCCAAACUCUGGAUUCUCUCUUUUUUUUUAAAGUUCUUAUUUCCCGCUGCACCCCACCCCCCCACCCCCAGACGUGGCAUGCCUGCUAUCUCGCACCUGGACAGGUGAACUUGCUUUUCCCCCCUUUCCCGCGCUAACCAGAUAAGAACUCCCCCCUCCCCCCAUCCCUACCCCAGAAGAUGUCCAAACCGGCAGACCACAUCAAGAGACCCAUGAAUGCCUUCAUGGUCUGGUCCCGCGGCCAGAGGCGGAAGAUGGCCCAGGAGAACCCCAAGAUGCACAACUCGGAGAUCAGCAAGCGUCUGGGCGCCGAGUGGAAGCUGCUGUCCGAGUCCGAGAAGAGACCUUACAUCGACGAGGCCAAGCGGCUCCGGGCUCAGCACAUGAAGGAGCACCCGGACUACAAGUACCGGCCCCGGCGCAAGCCCAAGAACCUGCUGAAGAAGGACAGGUACGUCUUCCCGCUGCCUUACCUGGGCGACACGGAGCACCUGAAGGGUCUGCCGGUGUCCGCCGCCGCCGACUCCCUGCUGGGCGCCUCGGAGAAGGCGCGCGCCUUCCUGCCCCCCUCCUCGGCUCCGUACUCCUUCCUGGACCCGACCCAGUUCAGCUCCAGCGCCAUCCAGAAGAUGAGCGAGAUGCCGCACACGCUGGGCACCGGCUCUUUGCCCUACGCCUCCUCGCUGGGUUACCAGAACGGCGCGUUCGGGGCGCUGGGCUGCCCCACGCAGCACACCCACACCCACCCGUCGCCCACGAACCCGGGCUACGUGGUGCCGUGUAACUGCACCGCCUGGUCCGCGUCCAGUUUACAGCCCCCGGUGGCCUACAUACUCUUUCCAGGUAUGACCAAGACUGGGAUUGACCCCUACUCGUCCGCGCACGCCGCUGCCAUGUAACACACACCCUCUUUGCAACAUGCAUGUACAUACGACGUGGACGCGCACGAACAGUAUUAACAGUCAAGCGUUUGGACUUUAAAAAAAACAAAACAAGUUCCUGAUUGGGACUUGGCAGAAAUGUAAAUGUUUAUAUGGCAGCCACAAGAAAAGGAGGCCUUUAACUUUAUUUAUUGUGUACAUUUCAAUGCUAAUAUGACCAUUUGUGUUGAUUAUUGAUAACAUCUUCUUCUUUUUUGUUUUUUUUAGUCCACUUUUUGGGACUCCACAAUUCCAUCCCGGCUAAAUCAAGAGCUUUAGGCUGGGUUAUAUGCGGGUUAUAUUGUUUAAAUUCAUCCCUAAAAAGGCACAUAAAACUAGACGCUCUAUUUAAGACAACAAAAUGAAAAACAAUGUUUUGUUGAGCAGUUUUUUCUACCCUGUGAUUAAGUGCUAUAAUAGUUGCACGCUCGUUUUCUUUUUUUAAUUUAAAUUUUAUGAUGAUUUUAAUUUUUUUCUGACAAUUCAAGGAGUUUAUGUGUAUUUUCUAUCUAAGAUUUAAAAGCUGUCAUGUAAUCUAGAAGGUUUGACACCUCCUCACCUCCUCUUUGUUCACUUUGUGGAGCAGAGAGAACCCAAUAAAGACAAUCUGUCUUCACCUACUUGAUGCUUAUUGGGAGAACACUUCAAUACGCUGUGUACUCUUACAAGGACACGUUGGAGACGGCACAAUCAUUGGUUAAAGUAAAAGUCACGAGGGAAAUAUAGAUACACUUUUACAUUUUUGUGGUCAGAAAUGACAACCGAUAUUUACAACUCUAAAAUAAUUUCUGAAAAAAUGUGAACCACAAGGGGGAAAUACUUGAAAAUGACAUGUAAAAAUGCAUGAUCGGAAAUGACCAAUUUAAAAAGUGAGAAAAAAACGGUGAAAAAUGAGUUAUGAAGGUUAUUAUCCUAAAAUUAUUGCAAAAAAUGUAGUUGGUCAGAGAGGACAAAAAAGGUGUAAACGGUUGAGCAGUUUGAUGAGGGGAAAUACUUCAAAUUUGGAUACUUUUUCAAAUGUCUGCUCAGAAAAUGUCUUAUGGUUGGUUAACAAAUAUGAUGGAGGAAAAUACUACAAAAUACAAAUAUUUACCUGCAUAUGAUCACAACUCAAAUUGUUUUUAAAGGUUAGGAUAAUUUGUUUUAAAAAAAAAAUACAAACGAUGAGGGGAAAAUAUUUUGAAAUUCUGAUUUGGAAAAAAGUCAGAAAUGACAAAAACGUUUCAAACGUUGGAACAAUUCCUUCAAUAUUAUAAAUGAAUGUAAUACUUCUAAAAAAAAAUGUCAGAAAUAUUUAAACCUUAGAAUAAUUUGUUAAAUGAAUGAGGGGAAAUACUUCAAAAAUAUUAUUUGAAAAUAAGACAAAACAAACGUAAAAGGUUAGAAUAAUUUAUUAAAAAUAAAUAUAUAUAAAAUGAUGAGGAUGCUGCGCAGAGUUUCCUACACUAGCAGGAAAAAAGACAUUCACUUAACCCUCGUGGAUCUGCAGGAGGAUGCGCGUACACGUUUGGUUGUUCUGAGCUUCCAAGUGGUUGUUGGUGUUUGUUUUGGAGAGGAGACUUUUUGUGGUUUUCAUCCCCAGCCCAGGAGAGGCAAGGCAGGGAGGAAAAAAAGAGAGGAGUGGAGGGAUGGAGGCCUCCCUGGAGGGAUCCCGCCUGUCAGACCCGUUUGACGGCUUCAUGGCUCCAAGCAGGGGGGCCCUCUGCUUGGAUCUGCCAAGUUGAUUCAUCAUGGAGAGACCACAAAAAAAAAAACAACACACACACACACACACACACAAGUAAAAAGAAAUCUUUUUCUUUGUACAUCCUGCAACUUGUCUGCACGUUUGAUGACUCAGCCAAAAGCCUCACCUUAAAAAGGAGAAGAUGACUUGUUCCAGCGUGCGCUCGCUCAUUAAGACAAAAGACUUGACACGCACGCAGGAAUGAGGCAUUCAGAUGUGUGUGUGUGCGCGCGUGCGCAGCAUUCCCCACCACUCAACUGGGAGUGCAUUUCUAAUUAAGAAUUUAAUUUUCCACGUACAAAUUGUUGACUUUAUCUGUCAGGAACAUAUGCUGCUGCUGCUUCAUGGAGGAGUGGAGGUGCAAUCUAGCCCUGGAGGGGGUGGAAUUUAGGCAAGGAGUGUGUGUGUGUGUGUGUGUGUGUGUGUGUGUGUGUGUGUGUGUGUGAGACAGUGUCGUAGUUAUCAGCAGCUUGUAAAUGAAGAUACUUGAAGUUGUACACCCCCUUCCCUUCCCCAAAAAGCAUCUCAAUUCAAUUUUCCAAUAAUUAUACAUUAUUAUAAUGACUUACAUAUGUUUUCCUUAUUUAUUUGAAGUAUUAUUUCAUGCAUUGUCUCCAAUAAAUAACAUUUAACGAGAGAGGAAAUGACAAAAGAGGUUUUUCACGCUUAAAAAAAAAUCUAUUUUCUUUUUAUCCCCCUCCCACCAUAGCACCCCACCCCUUGAUGCUUUUAGUCUCCUUAUCUCCUUUGCAGCAACACUGACGAUAAUUGUUUUUUUUUAAAAAUAUAUUUCAUUUAGAAGUCAUUUAUGUGCUUCAUUUUUAACUGAUGAAAAAUCAAAGACCAAAAAAGGGGCGACACUUGAAAUUCAAAAGCAUGACAAAGAAAAACACAAGCAAUUUCUGAGGUGUGUUUCUUUUUCAUGAUUCAAAGCAGCCACGGGUCAUUUAAACAAUUGCUUCGCCUUAAUGAUGUUUAAUUAAGUGAGUCAUGGAGACAAAUGUCGUUUUGCUUCCUGUUUCAAAAGGAGGACACCCAGACAUGACGCCGAUGUAAAAAAAAAAGAAAAACACACCUAUGUGAGAACAGGAUAAAAGUGAUCUCAUUCCAGCAUAUUAAAUAUUGUCUCCAAAAGAGCCCAAAAAGGAUAAAACCACCCUCGUCUGUAUCUGAAAUUGAAUCUGGGAUAGCAUUUUGACGGCGGCUAAAAAAAAAAAAAAGUAUAAAAAGCGUACAGUUGUGUUGUUUGAAGAGGGGCAGUUUUUAUAGAGAGAGGGUUCCUGGAUGCUCAUUUAUUUGAAGGCAAAGAAAUGAUAAAAAUAAAGAAGAAAAAGCUUAGAGAAGAAAAGGAAUCACUUUGCACGCCUGUUUAAUGUGCUGCGCCAGGCAGGAAUGUGAUUUACAUCCUGCAUGCUUUUCCCCACAAAGACACUGCAGGGAAUAUUUAUUUUAUAUCAUAUUAUCACGCGCACACCUCGUCAUGCUCAAUCACGUUUUUUCUCUAUUAAUAUGUGUCCCCGCUUCGAAAUAUUUAUUUUUUAAUGAAAUCUCCUUGAGGAUAUUUCUGCAGGCUUUGUUUGAAUUCUUGAACAUAUGAACACACACACACGUACAAAUUGUCUUUCACUUGUCAACGGAUUUUAAAUUUGUGCCUUUUUGUGGCACAUCGUUUGCUUUUUCAUUGUACCAAACUUACACUGUUGUAGGCAGAAAAAUGUAAAAUACUCAUUAGAAAUGGCGUUCUAUUUAAAAUUGCCCCAUGUAUGCAAAAAAUGUAGUUUGACUCCCAUUUAUAUUUUUUUAGAAAACAUAUACAAUUAGGUAAUACACACGCACACACACACACACACACACACACCACUGUGUGUAUUUAAGAACUAUUUUCAUUGUCAUUUUACACCAAAAAUAUAUACAAAUAUAAUACACAAUUUUCCAACGGCAUUGUAUCAUUUAUUUUCAAUAUCAUUUGUUGAUGCAACACACACACACCCCCCCACACACACACACACACACACACACACACCCUCACUUCAUUCAUAUAGGACGUCCAUUUGUCUCCAUAUUCACCCUUUCGCUCUCUUUAAAUAUAUUAAUAUCUUAACUGUAUUUCCCUCAUUGCUGGAUUCCCCUCGUGCAUGUUUACAUCUUCUUUAUCAUUGUCAGACACCACCAUGCUUCCCUGCAUACGUACUGUACUUACGAGUGUGUGUGUGUGUGUGUGUGAGAACGUGCACGGUGUGUGCCUCCCAUCAACUUCCAUCCCAUGGGAACAUUUGAACGCGAGUGCUAAUAAUGACUUCCUGUAAGACAGAAGAGACAACAUGCUCACGCACAUGCACGCACUCCUCCUCUCCCAAGUAAACAAAGUCCUUCAACGGAGGAAGAAGCAAUCAGGGCGCGCGUGCAUCACUUAUUGGACAGCAGCGAUGACCUCAUCGUGCCAUAAAUGGACUUAGAGGAUUUAUUUGUCCAGAGCGAGACAAGUGCGAUGAUAACCAUAGAAGGGGAAAUUAAAUGUGACUCAUCGUGACCUAUAGGGAAGUGGUGCACGCGUCCCGGUCCUGGCUGCUCAGUAGAAAAUGGCUAAAAGCCAAUGAAUGAAAAACAAAAACAGCACAACGUGAAGUACAAAGUCUCUGGUUUUGCUUGCUCUUAUUAAAUACACAGCGACGAACUUCUUUUUACGCUUGCAUGGCAGUCAAGAACGGUCGUGUGCUGAAUGAUCUGUCGCCCGUCGUCAUUAGUGAAGUUGCAUUCAUUUUGCACGAGCGAAUGUGUUUUAGAUUGGUUUUAGCUUCAUCCUCCACAGCGGCUAACUUUUGUGAAAGAAACACUUGUGUGAAAGUCACAAGCGCUAACAAGUGUUGUUCAUGAUGUUGGCUGGCCCCCGGCAGACCCUUCACUUCCUUAAGCGAUAUGCAGCCGUGGUGCUGUGAGGAAAUGUGUUUGACUUUGACUUGAUUUUUUAUCUCAUACAGCGGCUAACUUCUUUUUACGCUUGUGUGGCAGUGAAGAAUACUCACGUUUGUAAGUGCUACAAAUCACAUGGAUUAAUGAUGCAUUUUUCCAUUUAUUUAUGAUGAGUGCUAUUGGCCAGGGGUGCUGUAAAAAGGGGAAAAGUCAGGACAAUCCCAAGGUCCCUUGUCUGCCAAGGGGCCCCAAAAUAGGUAAUUAAUAAUAAAAUUAGUAAUUAAUUAGUAAUGUGAUUUUUUUCAUGGGACCCGGAAUUCCUGACUGCACCCCUGCUACUGGCUACAUGAUAUGAAAAAAGGAACCAUAAAAUCACCGUAAUUUAGACAAAAACAUAUUUGACUUUUUUGAGAACAUAUAUGACUUCUUUCAGGAAGCUUUGGAUGUGAGAGUACAUUGGUGGAGCUCUAGCCAGACUUCCAGGUAAGUGAGAGAGCAGUGGGCGAAACCGAUGUCUUCCAGCGCUGAGAAAGGCUGGUCAUCUUUUCCGAUGAAUUGAAUUAUUUUUCAGGUUCCUAGCUCAGCCUUCUGACUGUCACGCACAUACGGGGAGUGUUGUCCGCAUGGCUGAUUGCUGAUGAUCACACCGAAAACUCACCAUGCUCCUUCAAGUGUUUGUUCUUCAAAUGACGAAUUGGAUUAAAGCUUUUUAACGCGCUACCCCCGCAAGAUAGUUUUUGCGGCGUGUGUUGGCAGUUAGGUGACACACGGCAAACAUGAAUGUUUUUGCUUUGGCAUGCCUGCAGCGUGAAGGAAAGUGCGAGGAGGACGCUGCCCAAGAUGUUAAUUAGGGCGAGACACGACACUGCACGAAGGGAUCGCUGCAGGCUGCAAUAGUGCGAGCCACAGGUGAUCGGCUUUUGUGAUUGGUGUUGAAAGGCAUCUAUCGGCAUAUGCCGAUCACAUGAUUUUUCAUGGAAAUCGGCCGAUACUGAUCGGUGGCCGAUCAAGCCGAACAUCCCUAUUAAAAAGCAUAAAAUAGUUUAAUUACUUUUAAGAAAAGUGCAAUGAAAAAAUAUAUGACUAUAUUGCAAUCUACUAACUAAUUACAUUUUUAGUAUGUUACGCUUUUCUGCACUCUGUGUGUUUGCUACCGGCUCUGCCUGUUCAUGCCGUUGUUCUAUGGCACAAACACGCCAAGAUGCAGAACCCAAUGCACAGAGUGAACUCCCUUCAUGCCUGUUUGGAGGUGAUAGACAAGGAAAACAGACACACAUGCACACGGCAAUAUACUGGGGCCGGCAAAAUUAACACGUUCAUUUGCAUUUAUUGUGUGAUUCAUUCAUGAAUUCAUUCUUUUCCUAGGCCUAGUCCCCAAGGCACAUUUUUUUUUCAGAAUGAGAAAUCUUGUCACGGUUUAACAUCGCAAGAUUUUGUGACACAAGAGCUUGUGACACCCCUAGUUACCCAUUAUCAAAAGGUGAGUCCUUUUAUUUAUUUUACUUCUAUUUGGUUGCCAAAUGUGUAACCGCAGCUGAAGGCACUCGGGCUCUCGGUGGUGCACGUCUCCUGAGCUCUGCGUUGUGUUUGUUGGCGGGAAUUAACAAGAGACUUGGAGAUUGCUGCAGACGGUGACACCGUUUAUUUCCUGGUGUGAGACAAUGUGCACGGGUCAAUACCGUGAGGCUUGUGUUCCACACUGGGGGGUCACAGGGCUGAUGAACUGCAGUGGCCCUACAGUAUAUACUGUAUGUAGCAGAGAGUGAGAGAGGGCGUCAUUCAGCAAUCACUCCAACCAUUGUUAGAAAAAGUGGAAUCACACUAACCAAGUAAUCCUGUUACAUAUUCAGCGGCUAACUUUUUCUAUUGCGUGACACUUUCUUAGACGCUACAAAUCUGUUACCCUAGAUCAAAGGGUGAGUCAUUUUACUUAUUUUAGUUUUAUUUAGUCUUCUUCAGCGGCUGACUUCUUUUUACACUUUGAUAGUUAAGACCUCUCACUUUCUUAAACUCUACAAAUUUGUUACCCUUCUCAAAAGGGUGAGCCCUUUUAUUUAUUUUAGUUGUAUUUAGUCGUCUUAUACAGCGGCGAAGUUCUUUUCGCGCUUGACACUUAGGAAUGAUCAAAUGUGACUUGAAACAUGGCGUGUACACUGAAUACAGCUUUCGCAAUGGCCACAGUUUGACCCUGGAACGGAUUAUUUGUGUUUACAUUAUUUCCUGUGGAGGGAAAAACUGUUUCCAAAUCAGAAACAUCUGUUUAUGGCUGCUUGUCGUCAUGGCGAUGUUGUCACAAGGCCAUGUUUUGGGAACAGGGCAUGAGACCUGCUUCAGGAUGAAAGCUAUUAAAACCUGGGCGUACACACACGCACACACACAGACACACACACACACGCACGCACACACAAUGGUAGCUUCUCACAAAUGGUUCAAAUGAGAUUAAUGCUAGCAGGAAGAUGGCGUAGCGCCGUGCUGUGGGUUGUAGAGGUGAAAGGUAAAGUCACUUAUCAGGAGGAGGAUGAGGAGGAUGAGGAGGGUAGCACCUCAGGGUCCUGGAUGCUGCCUCCAUCAGCAGCUCCUCAGUGGAUUAGACUAAUCAGGAAGCGGCAGCGAGGGGAUGCAUGGAGCACUUUAUCUGGCAAGACAACAUGGCGUCCUGAAAAGAGCCUACAGAAACGUUUGCUAAUGUUUGCUUGUCGACGUGACAAUCUUCCACCGCCGUUAAAAAAGUCGAUAGAGCAGGCUUUGAUCUUCCUCGUAUUGUCUUGUUUUUUUAUUUAUGUAUUUCCAUCCUUUUGCUUUACGCCCCCUCUCCAUCCAAAACAUGUUUGCGGCGCCGGCUGGCUCACGCUGAUGGAAGGUAGUCGACAAAGACCCUGAAAGGUAUAUUUAUGAAUAUUUAUCAGACAGAUAGCAGCCAUUUUCACACUCAUGCUAAUCUCUUUCUUCAAGGGACGUGGCAGCCCUCCACUCACGCCACCUUUCAAAUCCAACUACUUUCAUCCAACUUGUUUCACCAAAUAAUCCCCAAAACUAUUGUGUGCCUGGAAAACGUCGAAAAAGUCAGAGAAAGUUGGGGGGGGAAAGAGAAAAUGAUUCUGUCGUUAAUGUCUGCAUUGUGCUACUUGAUCCGUAACAGUACCAGGGCUGUCCAAAGUGCGGUCCAGGGGCCUUUUUAUUGGCCCCCCGCGAACUCUAAAAAUAGAAUUGAUUGAUUGUUAAUGACAUACAAUCGUCCCUCACUCUAUCACGGUUCGAACAUCACUCCCUCUCUCUAUCGCAGUUUUUCAAAACUGUAUUCAUUAAUAAAUGUUCACUGUUUUGUGGUUGAAUACGGCCUAUUAGUAGUAAAAAAAAACAUGCACUUGUACUUAUUCUUGGCUAAAUCAACUAACUAAAUGAACUAAAAUACAAAAACAAGGCAGAAGCAGCAUUCUAAUUAGUAAUGUAUUUUACAUUGGCCACUAGGUGUCAGCAAUCGCACUGGACUCAUCACUAGAGUUCACUAGGGAACACAUUUACUGUUACACUGCUCCAGCAGGAGUCUAAAAAGGCUUAUUUACUCAUAUUUUGUCUACCAUAUUGGGUAAUACGAAUGUAAAGCCAUUUAAAGCUGCCAUUACAACGUAUUGAUGUAUUGUAACGGCGGAAAUACGCUGGAAGUCCAGAAAAAAACAAGAAGGAACUGCUAACGUCAUCUCGGCCUAAUCCGCCGCUAAUGGUUAGCAAUGGAGGCCCAGAGGAGGACUCAGUCG